AUGGUGCAACUCCCCAUGAUGGAUCCAUGGAAGCCUUUGCUUCCACCUUACUUGAUUGCAGCCUUCUGGAUGCGGGCUUUGAAGAUUCCUAUUGAUAGCUCGCAAGAUGAUGUAGCUUAUUGGACUCUAACACCCAAUGGGGAGUUCUCUACCAGGAGUGCAUGGGAGCUGGAAGAAGAAGAAGAAAGAAUCGCUUCUCUAAUUGAAAAAUGCCCCAGUACGCGCGUUAUCUGUCAAAUCCACGUGCGUCUUCUCACUCGCCUCCUGCCUAUCUCAGCAGUCUCCUUCCUUCUCUCGAAAAUAGUUGGUUUUUGUGCUCUUUCUCGCCAUGGAGAUAUCAAUCAUGCUCGCAAAGUUUUCUCUCAAACCCCAAACCCAAAUAUAUUCUCUUGGAAUUCCCUUAUUCGGGGUUAUUCUCUCAUCGGAAACCAAUCGAGAGAACCCAUUUUUUUAUAUAAAAAAUUGGUCAAAAAAGGGUACCCUUCAGCUAAUACUUUUACCCUGGCUUUUGUGCUAAAGGCUUGCUCCAAUCUUUUGGCUUUCGAAGAAGGCCAGCAGGUUCACGCCCGUGUUUUUCGAUCUGGGUUUGGUUCGAACCCGUUUGUGCAAACCGGGUUAGUGAAUUUUUAUGCAAAAUGUGAAAAUAUGGGCCUCGCAAAGAAAGUGUUCUGUGAAAUUCCCGAAAGAAACUUGGUAGCUUGGAGUACAAUGAUAAGUGGGUAUGCUAUGAUGGGAUCGGUCAAUGAGGCGUUCGGUGCGUUUCGGGAAAUGCAAAAGGUGGGUAUUGUUCCUGAUGAGGUUACAAUGGUGAGCGUGAUUUCUGCUUGUGCUGCAGCUGGGGCAUUGGAUAUUGGUAGGUGGGUUCAUGCCUAUAUUGAGAAGCAGAUGAUUGAGAUUGAUAUCAUGCUUAGUACUGCACUAGUUAACAUGUAUGCAAAGUGUGGGUGCAUCGAAAAAGCAAAAGAACUUUUUGAGAGAAUGCCAGUAAAAGACCAGAAAGCUUGGAGCUCAAUGAUUGUCGCAUUGGCAGUUCAUGGCCUGGCAGAAGAGGCUUUGGAAGCGUUUUCUAGGAUGGAAGAAUCAAAGGUUAAACCUAAUCAUGUUACCUUUGUUGGCAUUUUAGCUGCCUGUGCCCAUAGUGGACUAGUUUCUGAGGGUAGGAGAUAUUGGUCAAGCAUGAUUGAAUCAGGAAUUGAACCGUCAAUAGAGCAUUAUGGUUGUAUGAUUGAUCUUCUCUGCCGAGCCUCCCUUGUUGGUGAGGCUUACAAUUUUGUUCAAACCAUGCCUUUUUCUCCAAAUGCAGUAAUUUGGCGAACGUUACUUGUUGGUUGCCAGAAGAACAAAAUGUUGCAUAAAGGUGAAAUCGCGGCUGAACAACUUCUUGCAUUAGAACCAUUGAAUUCUGAGAAUUAUAUUCUGCUGUCAAAUCUGUAUGCAUCAGUAUCACAGUGGGAGAAGAUGAGCCAUGUCAGAAAGAUGAUGAAGGAAAAGGGCAUCAAGGGAGUUCCAGGGUGUACCUCAAUUGAAAUUGAUGGUUUUGUGCAUGAGUUUGUGAUGGGAGACUGGUCCCAUCCUGAGGAAAAGGAGAUAAGGCAGGUUCUGAAGGAUAUUUAUGAGCGAGUUAGUGGUUCUGGGCACGAACCACAUAUUUCUGAUGUACUGCACAAUGUUGCUGAUGAGGAGAAAGGAACAUACCUGUGUGAGCAUAGUGAAAGGCUUGGUAUUGCAUAUGGACUUUUGAAGACCACAGCACCAGCGCCAAUAAGAAUAGUAAAGAAUCUAAGAAUUUGUAGCGAUUGCCAUGAAGUCACAAAGAUUAUCAGUAAACUUUAUGAGCGUGAAAUUAUUGUAAGAGAUCGAGUUCGGUUCCACAAGUUUGUAAAUGGAACUUGCUCAUGCAUAGAUUAUUGGUGACUACCAACCUUAACGAUUCUCCACUACUUUGCUUCGAUACACUUACCAUUAUUGAUAACUUAGGAACCUGACCUUAAACAACAUAUAUGCUGAGGAUUUCUAAGCUUGUUUCGUCAGUGACUAUUUGGAAGAAAAAAUAACAACUAGCAGCAAAACAAUAUGCAUAAUCAAGAAUCGGAUCAGGUGAUUUCUGUGUACAAGCAUCACAAGUGUCAGUAUGUUGAAAUUUCCUAAAUCAUCCACGUAACAUAACUUUCGAGGUCCUUUUUUUAUCUUUUUUCAAACUAUUUAUAAAUAGUCUGUAUCAGUACACAGCCAAUCAGUUUGACCUGUAAAAUCUUUUUGUUUCAGUUUUUGGUCUGCAUAUAUGAAUGUAACAGGAUCUACUGCAGUUGGGUUUU